UCAUCUUAUCCAUUCCAGAACUCUCUAAUCCCUUUGCAAAACCCCCUCACACUCACAGGGGAUUUUCUUCCAAUGGCUUCUAUCUUCUCCCUCGCUUCACCCUCUUCAUUACUCACCAACCAUUCUUCUAAUUUCAAGGGGAAUGUAAGAAACCUCAAGUCAAGCACUUGUCAGUUUCCUUCAAAAACAAAUUACAAUAACCACAACACUGUACAACAACAGAGGAAAUCGUUAAUUGUAGCUUCAUCGUCGCCGAUUCCAUCGGCUGUAGUCAGUUCAAAUGUUCGAUACCGACUGGACAAUUUGGGUCCCCAACCUGGUUCUAGAAAGAAAGCGAAGAGAAAGGGAAGAGGUCAUGCUGCUGGCCAAGGUGGGAGCUGUGGAUUCGGAAUGAGAGGACAGAAAUCUCGGUCGGGACCCGGUGUGCGAAGGGGUUUUGAGGGUGGUCAAAUGCCGCUUUAUCGCCGGCUUCCAAAAUUGAGGGGUAUUGCAGGAGGCAUGCAUGCUGGAUUAUCCAAAUUCGUUCCAGUUAACCUAAAAGACAUAGAAACUGCUGGAUUUGAAGAAGGUGAAGAGGUUUCACUAGAAUCCUUGAAAGAAAAGGGCUUGAUCAAUCCCUCAGGAAGAGAAAGAAGACUUCCUCUCAAGAUUCUUGGUGAUGGUGAACUGAGUGUGAAAUUAAACUUCAAAGCACGUGCCUUUUCUGCACAAGCAAAAGAGAAGCUUGAAGCUGCUGGCUGUUCAUUGACUGUGUUACCUGGCAGAAAGAAAUGGGUCAAACCAUCAGUGGCCAAGAAUAUUGCCCGUGCUGAUGAAUACUUUGCCAAGAAACGGGCGGCAGCUGCUGCAGCUGCUGGUGGUGAGUCGCCGGAAACACCGUCUUCCACCGCUUAAAACCCACGCAAAUGAAAUCGAAUUUUUGUUGUUGUAAGAAGAUUGGAAGUUAGAUGUAAAGCCACAUUGAUUUGUAUUCUGUUUGUCUGGAAUCUUUUUUUAUCAUCAAGAAUCUAAAGAUCUCAUCUUUUGUUUUCAAA